UUCUGAGGGCCACUCUAUAAAUACAAUCAUUUUUAGCAAAACUGAAUUAGUUAUGAUUUCUUUUUACUUAUAUUGCAUGUACUCUUACUAAAUCGUCAAUGUGCAUGUUGAAUGAAUAUUUGAAAUUACGAUACGCAUGGAAUUCUUCGUGGAAAGAUAAAACUGGAAGGUCUUACUUCGCACUACGUGUUUAUUAGAUUUGCUGGUUCGGUCGUUUCGAAGGUUGAUUCAUUCGACACGACUUGCUUGGACUCUAUGCUUUGCGCCUGGUAUCCCAAGUCGUGUUUAUAUGUUCGCUUAUCUGGCCUCUCCGUAUAUCAUAUUCCCACACCUCUCCUCCGUUAUUUUCCUCAUUUCUUUCACGCAUCCAAUUUGCUACUCCUACUGUCUGUAGCAGUUCACUGUUUCAGGAGGAAUUGGAUCUACGCUGUUCUGGAACGGAUAUUAAUAAUUCUAUCUCGAGAAGACCCAGGUCGUCGAGUUUGGAGGAAGAAGAGUAAUAACGGCAUAUUCAGCGCCAGCGUGGAGGAAAUCAGCGACUCGGAUAGCCAAUUCUCCUUCUCUAACGAGGAAUCAUCGUCUAUGCAUGAUACAAACGAGGCGGAGGCUGAGAACACUGACAAAGAAGGCGACUUCAAUCUAAAGGUGAUAGCCUCGCGCGGAGACAACAUAAUCGCCGUGGCGAAUCCUGCGCUAAUGGAAUGCAGUCAUCCCAUAAAAGAGGAGCCCGCGGACGAAAAACCCACACUGUGAUAUUAUUACUUAGCGUUUACUGCCGCUACCGACAACGUCACGGCGACGUGAACGACGCUCGUCCCCGCAGGUCGUCGCCGUUGUCACCGAUCAUCAUCCGCGCAAACAUCGUCCACGUGUGCUAUUGAUCACGAUAGCACUCAUGACAGCGCUCGUCGGAAUAAUACAACACUUGCUAGGAUUUUACAUCGGUUGGAGCGACCUGUCUCGCUUAUCCUUGUCCGAACGAGAGACACUUGACGACGUUAUCUAGUUUUAAUAACAAAGUACGAGGAAACACGAUACUGUAUAGCGAUUACGAUGAACGUUUCUAGAAGGCGAUAGAUGAAUAAAAGUAAGCCGUCUAAAUCAAAAGACCGUCGACUGAAGUAUGUAGCAUUAUAAAAUGUACAUUAUAAGCAAAUGUAAAUAUAGGUAAAUAUAUAUAGGGUCCGUUUUUUUUA